AUGACGUAUGAUCUGGCCAGUGCAGUGGUGAGAAUCUUUAAUCUGAUUGGAAUGAUGCUUCUGCUGUGUCACUGGGAUGGUUGUCUACAGUUUUUAGUACCAUUACUCCAGGAUUUCCCACCAGAUUGCUGGGUGUCCCUAAACGGUAUGGUUAACGAUUCCUGGGGAAAGCAGUACUCAUAUGCACUCUUCAAAGCCAUGAGCCAUAUGCUCUGCAUUGGUUACGGAGCCCGUGCCCCCGUCAGCAUGUCCGACCUCUGGAUAACCAUGCUGAGUAUGAUUGUGGGGGCUACUUGUUAUGCCAUGUUUGUUGGGCAUGCCACUGCCCUCAUUCAGUCUCUGGAUUCAUCGCGACGACAAUAUCAAGAAAAGUACAAACAAGUGGAGCAGUACAUGUCAUUCCACAAGUUACCUGCUGAAAUGCGCCAGAAGAUCCAUGAUUACUAUGAGCAUCGCUACCAAGGCAAGAUCUUUGACGAAGAAAAUAUUUUGAAUGAGCUCAAUGAUCCUCUCAGGGAGGAGAUUGUCAACUUCAACUGUCGGAAGCUGGUGGCUACAAUGCCUCUUUUUGCUAAUGCAGACCCAAAUUUUGUGACUGCCAUGCUAAGCAAACUGAGAUUUGAGGUGUUCCAACCUGGAGAUUAUAUUAUCCGAGAAGGGGCUGUGGGUAAGAAGAUGUAUUUCAUUCAACAUGGUGUUGCCGGUGUCAUCACCAAGUCCAACAAGGAGCUGAAGCUGACAGAUGGCUCUUACUUUGGAGAGAUCUGCCUUUUGACCAAGGGCCGUCGAACUGCCAGUGUACGAGCAGACACGUACUGUCGCCUGUACUCCCUCUCAGUGGACAACUUCAAUGAGGUCCUGGAAGAGUACCCCAUGAUGAGAAGGGCCUUCGAAACGGUGGCAAUUGAUAGACUUGACAGGAUAGGGAAGAAGAACUCGAUCCUGCUGCAGAAGUUCCAGAAGGACCUCAACACCGGCGUUUUCAACAACCAGGAAAAUGAGAUCUUGAAGCAGAUCGUGAAGCACGACAGGGAGAUGGUGCAGACCAUCGCCCCGGUGAGCCUGCAGCAGAUGCCAGCCCUCAACUCCAGCACCUCGGCCUCGUCGUCCCGCGGCAGGACGCAGUCCCCUCCCGUGUACACCACCAGCAGCCUCUCGCACACCAACCUGCACUCGCCCUCGCCCAGCACGCAGCCGCCCCAGCAGGCUGUCAUCCUGUCGCCCUGCUCCUACACCACGGCCGUCUGCAGCCCGCCGGUACAGAGCCCGCUGGCCGGCCGAACUUUCCAGUACGCCUCGCCGACCGCCUCGCAGCUCUCCCUCAUGCAGCAGCAGCAGCAGCAGCAGCAGCAGCAGCCGCCAGCGGCACAGCAGCCGCCGGGAGCCGCGCAGAAGAACGAGGUGCACAAGAGCACCCAGGCCCUCCACAACACCAACCUGACGCGGGAGGUGCGGCCGCUCUCCGCCUCGCAGCCUUCCCUGCCCCACGAGAUCUCCACCCUGAUCGCCAGGCCUCACCCCACCGUGGGGGAGUCCCUCGCCUCCCUCCCGCAGCCCGCCCCGGGCCCCGGCGUGCCCCCGGGCGGCCGGGCCACCGUGCCCCAGCGGGUCUCGCUCUUCCGGCAGAUGUCCUCGGGAGCCAUCCCCCCGAACCGCGGGGCCGCGCCGCCCGCGGCCCCGCUGCAAAGGGAUUCUUCCACAGUCUUAAGCACAGAGCCCGAGGGAGACAAACCGCGGUUCGCCUCAAACUUAUGA